AUGAACUAUUCUGUUCAAUUUAAAAUCCUCAGAGUCAGUACAAGCCCUCACUGUAGUCUUGGAGCGUGCGGACAAGGUGCUUGGAUGCUUGUGAUGAAGGUUGACGGCAAAAAGGAAACCUUCCGUUAUGACUCUAAGUAUUGGACCAAUCAACUGGAAUACAAUCCUGUUGGAGGGCAGACUGGGUUCGACUCACAAGAAACCAAGCUAAUGACCUACUGGAACACAUCCUUCACAAAGAUCUGCCUCGGUAUGAAAGUCGACCAACAAAUCCGUUUCAUUGCCGUAGAACAGGAGGCAAGCUCCCUAUUUUCACUGAUCGCUGACGGGCAACACCGCGCCACUUCACUGGGUCGUAACACGUGGAAGUCUCUAAUUGGUUCAGAGGCCUCCUUGCAGAUGGAAUGCAACAUGGAGGGGUUCAAUGUGGUCAGUUCGGAUGGUUUUAGUUCCAAGGCAAGAAUCGGCAUCAUAAGUAAUGAACAAAAUGACUGUAGUACGUGCGACUCGAGAAUUGGAUUUGGCAUAGAUGGAUCUCAUCUCAGUUUCAACAGAUGUGGAAAUGUAGCUCAGUAUUCACCAGAUAAUGGCGAAAAAAACAUAACAGUCAUGGGAUACAUUUUUGUCCGUUAACACGUCCACUGUGGCAUACAGCAUGGGUCUCACACCAUCAGAAUGUUCUUUGGGUCACAAGCACUGACUUAGCUGUUGGUCUUCGAAGGAGAGGUCGAUAUCUAUAAACCUAUUUUAAUCACUUCGCUGAAUGAGACUCAAGCUUUACCGUUUAUUUAUUUAUUAUCGCUAUUCUGUUCCCUUAUGGAAU